UUAAAAUGGUACCGUUGCUAAGAAGUUGUGUCAACUACAAGGAUUAAACAUUAACUGGCUGUGACAGCAAACAGUUUUUUGAAUGACAUGGCGAUGGCAGCGAGCCCUGAUCAAAAAUCUCCAAAUGUGCUGUUGCAAAGUCUGUGCUGCCGGCUGUUGGGGAAGAAUGAAGCGGAUGUGGCCCAGCAGUUCCAGUAUGCUGUCCGAGUUAUUGGAAGUAACUUUGCACCCACUGUUGAAAGAGAUGAAUUUCUUGUGGCUGAGAAAAUCAAGAAAGAGCUUGUGAGACAGAGACGAGAGGCAGAUGCAGCUUUAUUUUCAGAGCUUUACAGAAAAUUGCAGUCUCAGGGUGUGUUAAAAAACAGAUGGUCUGUUCUCUACCUCUUGUUCAGCCUAAUGGAAGAUCCACGUAAACCACAAAAUAAGUUUUCUUGCUACGCCUCAUUGUUUGCUCAGCCUUUGCCAAGAGAUGCCCAUUCAACCCCUUUCUAUUUUGCAAGACCUCAGACUCUGCCAUUGAGUUAUCAAGACCGAAAUCCAUCUGUCCAGACGUCUGGCAGUUUAGGGAGCAGUGGAGUCGGCAGUAUCAGCAUGUAUGCCUUAAAUGGACCCACACCAACACCACAGUCUGUACUGUCAAGCCAUUGCAAUUUAACUCCAGCAGCAGCAGAUGCACUACGACAGCAGUUGGGUUCACGUCUUGCCUGGACAUUUUCUGCUACUCAGUCUUCACAAGCAUCUACCUCAAGGGGCCUUCCAAACUCCAUUUCUCGUAAUAUUCCAAGGACAAGACGAGAUGGAGAAACUGGGACUGUUGACUUGACUGAAGCUGCACUUGUAAGAGACAUUUUAUAUGUCUUACAGGGCAUUGAUGGAAAAAUUGUCAAAAUGUGUAAUUCUGAAAACUGCUAUAAAAUUGAUGGAAAGACAACAGUAACAAAAUCCCUUAGAGAUAUAACAAGUAGGUUGUCAGAACUUGGAUGGCUGCACAACAAAGUGAGGAAGUAUGCAGACCAAAGGAGCCUAGAUCGGGCAUUUGGACUUGUGGGUCAGAGUUUUUGUGCUGCCUUGCAUCAAGAGCUAAAAGAAUAUUACAGAUUGCUGUCUAUUUUGCAUUCUCAGUUACAGGUUGAAGAUGACCAGGGAGUGAAUCUGGGAUUUGAAAGUAGUUUAACUCUUCGGCGUCUUCUUGUCUGGACGUACGAUCCUAAAAUAAGACUAAAAACUCUUGCAGCACUUGUUGAUCAUUGUCAAGGAAAGAAGGGUGGGGAACUUGCAUCUUCUGUCCAUGCGUACACUAAGACAGGAGACCCAUACAUGCAGUCCUUGGCGAAGCACAUACUCAGUUUAGUGUCGCAUCCCAUCCAGAGUUUUCUCUAUCGAUGGAUUUAUGAUGGCGAGCUUGAGGACACAUAUCAUGAGUUUUUUGUAGCUUCUGAUCCUACAGUGAAGACAGAUCGUCUUUGGCAUGACAAAUACACGUUACGGAAAUCCAUGAUUCCUUCCUUCAUUCCAAUGGAUCAAGCAAGGAAGGUACUCCUGAUUGGGAAGUCUAUAAACUUCUUGAAUCAAGUAUGUCAUGAUCAGUCUCCUACUGCCAAGGUGGUAGCAGUGGCAAAGUCUGUAGACUCUCCUAAAGAUGCUGCAGAGCUGUUCACCGAUUUGGAGAGUUCAUUCCAGGGAAAGAUUGAUGCAGCCUAUUUUGAAACAAGUAAAUACUUGCUGGAUGUUCUAAAUAAGGAUUAUCUCUUACUGGAGCAUCUGAAGGCUAUGAGACGCUACCUACUGCUUGGACAAGGAGAUUUCAUACGACAUUUAAUGGACCUGCUGAAACCAGAACUUGUGAGACCUGCCACUACCCUAUACCAGCAUAAUCUAACCGGCAUCUUGGAAACAGCAGUUAGGGCUACAAAUGCUCAGUUUGAUAGCCCUGAGAUUCUCAAACGCUUGGAUGUUAGACUCUUAGAGGUGUCUUCAGGAGAUACUGGCUGGGAUGUAUUCAGCUUGGACUAUCAUGUUGAUGGACCAAUUGCGACGGUAUUUACAAGAGAGUGCAUGAGCCAUUAUCUGCGAGUUUUCAACUUCCUCUGGAGAGCCAAGCGAAUGGAGUAUAUUCUUACAGACAUACGAAAGGGACAUAUGUGCAAUUCAAAACUGUUGAGAAGUAUGCCAGAACUCGCUGGAGUACUUCAUCAGUGUCACAUUCUGGCAUCUGAAAUCGUCCACUUUAUUCAUCAGAUGCAGUAUUACAUCACAUUUGAGGUGCUUGAGUGCUCGUGGGAUGAACUCUGGAAAAAAGUACAACAAGCUCAAGAUUUAGACCAUAUUAUUGCAGCUCAUGAAGUUUUCCUGGAUACAGUAAUUUCACGCUGUUUGCUGGAUAGUAACUCAAGAGCAAUGCUAAACCAGCUGCGUGCUAUCUUUGAUCAAAUCAUUGACUUUCAGAAUGUACAAGAUUCUAUGUAUAGAGCGGCAUUAAAAGAGCUUCAGCUAAGGCUACAAUUGGAAGAGAAAAAGAAACAGCGAGAGUCUGAGGGGGAAUGGGGUAUAACACAAGCAGAAGAGGAAGAGGAGUCUAGACGGAUUCAGGAAUUCCAGGAAUCCAUACCAAAAAUGUGUUCUCAGUUAAGAAUACUCACUCAUUUUUACCAGGGCAUUGUACGGCAAUUUCUCUAUCUGCUGACUACAAGUUCUGAUGAAAGUCUCCGCUUUCUUAGCUUUAGACUGGACUUCAAUGAACAUUAUAAAGCAAGAGAUCCAAGGCUGCGUGUUUCAUUGGGCAAUACAAGGGGAAAACGCAGUUCGCAGAUGUGACUUGCUAAAUAUUAUGCAUCUAUUUCUGACUGGCAACUUCUGUGUGAUAUAAUAAGCCUCUGAUUAUAAUAGGUCUGUAUGUUUGCACCUGUCAUGUGCUGCUUCAUCAAAGAACUAUAUCAAAAGGAGAUGCACACUCCUUUUGUGAUGGUCAAGGCACUUUCUGAUGUACAGCAACUGCAGGAAAGUUCUUGGUGCGAUUUUUGUAUAUUCGUGUUAAGAAAUAUGUUUUUUAUUGUGUCACUUUAAGCAGUCAUAUAUUAGUAUGACCAGCCUGUUUGAAUUGCCUUCUGUAAAGUUCACAUUUUUGUCUGCUUCUUUUUUCCACAUCUUUCAUCAGUUUUACCAUACAUAUUACUGGAAAUGGGGAUUAGUUCUUCCAGGAAGACCCCAGAGCCAACCUAGUUCACCCUUAUUGAUGUUUUAGAUAAGGACACUAAAACACCAAGACAAUGAGAAUUUGGGUGUUGGUAAAUAAUGUGUACAUGAGUACAGCACCACCUACCAAGUUAUAUGCAGUUGAAGUAUUUAUUUUUCUUCUUUAGAAUUGUUGCUGCUGUUUUUCCCCCUCCCAGUUUGUUCUUCAUAACAGUUUUUACUGUAUUUUUGUUUUUUACUGUUAGUACUAAGAUUUCUUUUUAAAGUAAAUCACCAGCUUUAUU